GUCAAGAGCCAGCUUUAAAAAUUGGGCUAGCAGUGCUAUAAUAAAAUUAUAUUAUAAAAAUGAGCAAAGCAGAGUGGGAAAACAAUGAGGAAAUUAAAAUUUUCCGUGAAUACUUGCGCAUACCCUCAGUACACCCAAAUGUGGAUUACAAACCCUGCGUUGAGUUUCUGCAACGUCAAGCAGAGAGCAUUGGCCUAGCCCUAGAUGUCUCAUAUCCGGUCAAUGACUCCAAUCCAGUUGUGGUGCUCAAGUGGCUGGGCAAGCAGCCAGAGCUGCCAGCAAUUAUGCUCAACUCGCAUAUGGAUGUGGUGCCAGUGUUUCCAGAGAAGUGGACAUACGAUCCGUUUGGCGCUGAGAUGGACGAAGCGGGUAACAUUUAUGCAAGAGGCACACAGGAUACAAAGGGCAUUGGCACUCAAUAUCUAGGCGCCAUACGUGCGCUCAAGGCGAGCGGUUAUCAGCCAAAGCGCACGGUGUUAGUAACCUUUGUGCCUGAUGAGGAGGUGGGCGGUUAUCUGGGCAUGCGUGAGUGGAUACACACGGAGCAGUUCAAAAGUCUGAAUGUGGGCUUCAGCUUGGACGAAGGUUCCUCCAGCCUGGACGAUGCCUACUAUGUGUACUAUGGCGAACGCACAGCGUGGCAUCUGCGCUUCAAGAUACACGGCAAUGCUGGCCAUGGCUCGCUGCUGCUGCCGAACACAGCUGGCGUCAAGCUCAACUACAUUGUUAACAAAAUGAUGGAGUUCCGGGAGUCGCAGGUGAAACGGCUCGGAAGCGACAAGAGCCUGUUCUUUGGCGAUGUCACCACUGUCAAUCUGACGCGUUUGAGCGGCGGCGUGCAGAGCAAUGUGGUGCCAUCGCUGCUUGAAGUCGUGUUCGAUUUGCGCAUAGCGCUCGACGUGGAUCUGGCGGCUUUUGAACAGCAAAUACGCGAUUGGUGCGAGCAGGCGGGCGGUGGCAUUGAUUUGGAGUUCGAGCAGAAGGAUGUGUAUGUGCCGCCCACAAAGGUUGAUGCCACAAACGGCUUUUGGGUAGCGUUUGAGCAGGCUACCAAAAAGCUGAAUUUAAAAAUACGACCACACGUGUGUCCUGGUGGCACGGACUCGCGGUUUCUGCGUGCUGUGGGCAUUCCAGCCUUGGGCUUCUCGCCCAUAUGCGACACUCCCAUAUUGCUGCAUGAUCAUGAUGAAUACGUGCGUGCCGAAACCUACUUGCAUGGCAUUGAGGUCUACAAGAAGAUAAUUCCAGCAGUGGCCAAUGUCUGAACUUAAAUUGCAUAUAAAUUUAAGCUUGUAAGACGAGAAUACAACAAAUUCAAUAAGCUUCAAGUAGAAGCCAUAAAA